AUGCAUGGCUGUAUGCACGGUACCCAGGACCAAGCACUCCACUUGGAAGGGGAGCCCAACCCUUCUGCAGCCGCAACAUCUACUUUAGCACCUAGGACAAUGCCCAGAAGCAUUUCAAUAUCCAAACAACUGGCUUUAAUAAAAGCUCUACGCAAUGGUUCAGAUCUGGAAAAAGCCAUCGCCACUGCCGCUAUGAUUUUCAGAAACUUUUCUGACCCUGAUGGCAAACUUGGGAAAGCUACUGCCAAAAAUCUACUGCAAACCCAAUAUAGGAAUUUCACAGAGGUAAGAGAACUAAUAGCAAGAUGGUGGGUCAGGCCCCAAGAAGUCUGGACCUCCUCCAGCUCCGUGGUCUUAAAUUUCUUCUUUAUUCUUACGGGACAAGAAACCAAACCAAGAUACAGAGACCUCCUUUCUGAACUCGACGAACAUACAGAAAAUAAGCUGGAUUUUGAGGAUUUCAUGAUCUUACUGUUAAGCAUCACAGUAAUGUCAGAUUUGCUACAAAAUAUAUGGAGUGUAAAAAUUAUGCAAUAG